AAGGUAAAAGAAUUGACAGCAGGAGCAGCUUGGUGUUAGUUCAGCGGCGUGCAUGGAUAGUGUCGCCCAUAAAUUCUUAAAAUAAUUCCAAAUUCUCCAUGGUUUUCACUCACAACUGCUACAAGAGAGAUGCUCCAGAAUUUGGCUUUUCCUGCGCACGUUGUCUUUCCCGGCUCACGUGCCGAUGCAACUUUUCUCAAUCUUCGCCGUCCACCUCUAUUCCUUCCGUUUUCUCCGCUGCGUGUCCCGUCGCUCUCCACCGCAAGGAGCUUCACCGUCGAAGCAUUUAUUGACCUCAAAGGCGGCAAAGGAAUGAGCGCAUUCCAUGACGUUCAGCUCAAAGUCCGUGAUUACGAACUGGAUCAGUAUGGUGUUGUCAACAAUUCUAUUUUUGCAAGUUAUUGCCAACAUGCUCGUCACGAACUACUGGAAAAUAUUGGUGUCAGCUGUGAUGGAGUUGCCCGCACUGGUAAUUCAUUAGCACUGUCGGAGUUGUCACUCAAAUUUCUUGCACCUUUAAGGAGUGGAGACAAGUUUGUUGUGAAGGUGAGGAUUUCUGACUCCUCAGCUGCUCGCAUGUACUUUGAGCAUUUCAUCUUUAAGCUGCCAAAUUUAGAGCCAAUUCUGGAGGCAAAGGCCACAGCAGUUUGGCUUGACAAAAAUUAUCGUCCUGUUCGUAUACCUCCAGAGUUCAGAUCUAAAUUUGUUCAAUUCCUUCGCCAUGAUGAUCCCAAUUAGCUUAUUGCUGCAUGCAUGAUAUAUGAGAGAUUCUUUGAUUUGGAAGAUGAAGCAAGCCGAGAAGAUUAUUGAUUAGAGACCAAUUCUAGUAGAUAUUUUGUAUCCAACUUUUGUCUUUUGAUACCUUUUUAAAAAAAAAAUAAAUAAGAGGAAAGCCAAAGUUAAAGCUUUAA